UGUACAUUUUAUUCACCAGCAUAAUUAAGCACCAAUGUGGAGUACGGCGAAAAGACCAAAUGCUAUACAAUUUGGAAUUCGUCAAUAAAGCAACCAAGCAUGACAUCUCCGUGGGCUUAUCGUCAAAUGAGAACUCAACCUCGGCUUCCAUUUCCUGGUCAAAGAUGUACCCAAAGCCCCCAGUUUGAUGAUCGUGAUAUUUCAUCCCCAGAACUAAAUCGAUGCGUUGGUCAACUCACAGGAUUGACAAAGCUUGAUCCUUCGAAUUUAGAUUCAUGCGCAUUUGAAGAAUAUAUCAUUGCAAAUGUGCGCUUGGAGACACUUAACAGAUGGUGUACUAAAAAAAGGUCCCAGUUACAAAAUGAUAGUGUUGCUGGUGAAGGUAAAUUAAAAUCUUUGGGCGAUGUUGGCGUGCAACAAGUCAGUGAUCAACAGCGAAUACUAGAAAAGGAAACUAAAUCGAUUUAUAACAACAGCGAGUUACUUUUUGAAAAGAUAUCAACUGGAAAUUAUUUGCAUCCUUUGUACAUGCUAUGUUCCCAUCUACAAACAUCAACGAUGUCUACGAGUUUCACGUUUUACGCGGUUGGUGGGACUUGUGAUACAAUCCAUUUGUAUAAUCCAGAACUACCACAGUGGCAAAACGAUCCACCACCAGAAAGCAGAACUUCCAUUCUUCCAAGUUAUCCUGUAGAGGAAGGUGGCACAGUUGCUUCACAUGUUGCAAGCACCCAACAAUCUGUAACUAUUGACGACAUAACUAUGGAUGAGAGAUUUCCGAAGGGAACUUCUACCCUUGAAUCUGCCGCUGUAUCGGUGAUGUGUCUGCCUGUAGCGUUACCAAACGGUGAUCUAAUUGGUGUAGUAGAAUUUUGUCGCGCGUGGCACAAUGCAGAAUAUACAUUUGAAACUCUAGCGAUGGCUCAGACGACGCUAACUUGGGCAACCAUGGCAAUAGACAAAACACAAGUAAGCAGUGGACUAGAACAACAAAACGCCAUGAGCAAUUUUCUUCUUCAAGUCUCGAGAACAUACCUUGAUGAUAUUACAGACGUGGACAAUAUCAUUCAGCAUAUAAUGAGGUUUGCUAAGACGUUGGUAUCAGCAGAUAGAUGUGCCUUGUUUCUCCACGAUAAAGAAGCUGGUGAACUCUACUCUAACUUAUUCGACAAUGGCGAGGUUAUGGAUGGAAAGAGCGUAUUUUCAAAGAAAACUGAGUUGCGUUUUUCAGUAACAAAGGGAAUAGCGGGUGCAUCAGUGAGAACGAAGCAAACAUUGAACAUUCCCGACGCUUAUUCGGAUCCCAGGUUUAACCGGGCAGUGGACAAAGCUACAGGGUACACCACAAAAAGCAUCCUCUGCAUACCAAUCAUGAGUAACGACGAAGUUUAUGGAGUUGUUGAGAUGAUAAACAGGAAAGAUGGGGGUUCUUUUACCAUGAACGAUCAGAACAACUUUCAGAUGUUUGCGGUGUUCUGCGCACUUGCUUUGCGUUAUUCAAAGGUCCAUACUAGACUGCAAAAAGAUCAAUGCAGGCAUGCAAUACUGAAGGAGAAAUAUUUUUACCACAGUCAAUACUCAAAGGCAGAUUACAAUGAGUUAAUUAAGGCACAGAAAGACGAUGAAACUUUUGUUUUGCCCCCCAACUUUGACAGGUUCCAUUUCUCUCUGUUUCAUCUUGAUAAAAAGCUCAUGAGUUAUUUCAUUAACAUGGUUAUUGAACUAGCUGGUAGUGGAUCUCAUUUGCUGCCCUCAGCAAACGUCAUGACUGAUUUUAUCCUGACUGUCCGUGAGAACUACCGUGACAUACAAUAUCAUAACUGGCAACACGCUAUGACGGUCACACACGCGAUGUUCUGUAUGUUGAAGCAAAAUUUAGAAAUUUUUGACGAAGUUGAGAGAUAUGCAUUGCUAGUUGCUUGCGUAUGUCAUGAUCUGGACCACAGAGCAAGAUCAAACCAGUUUUUGCAGAAAACCUCGCAUCCACUAGCACUACUGUAUCCAGCAUCCACAAUGGAAUAUCAUCACAUUAGUAUGGCGAAAGAUAUUCUCGGUCGAAAAGAAAGCAAGGUGUUUCAAAACAUGACUAACGAGGAAUACGAAAAGGCAAUGUAUGUGUUGAAAGAAGCAAUUCUAGCUACGGAUCUAGCAUUGUAUUUUGGCAAUAGGGGCCAGAUAGAAGAACUUUUAACCCAAGGAGAAUUUGACUUCGAUAAUCAGCAGCACAGGACAAGCGCCAUUGGUUUAAUGAUGACCGCAUGUGACUUGAGUUCUUCAGCUAAAGACUGGAGUGUAACGAGACAAAACCUUCUGGAUCUUCAUUAUGAGUUUUGGGAAGAGGGCGAUCAGAGGAAAAAGCUUGGGAUCAAACCUUUGCUUCCAAUGAUGGACAGAGCACUGGAAGAGGAUCUGGCAGAAGGUCAGGUCGGAUUUUAUUCAAACGUCUCCAUCAAAUGUUUUGAGUCUUUGGCCCGGGUCCUCCCAUCUUGUGAGCCAUUGGCAAUCCGUGGAAAAGAGAAUCUUGGUCACUGGAGAAAAGAGGCUGAAAUUGUUAAAGAGAAAAAGGAGGAGAAGAGAAAGAUCGCAGAAAAAGAGAAGCAGCGAGAAGAGCGGUUGAAACAAGAAGGUCUUGGUUUAACUUUACGUGGGGGAAUGUGGGUCGUAGAAGAAUCUCGUCCCACUUCAUAAACAUUCAUAUACGAAAUACAUUGAUAAUAUAGUUUAUUUAUUCUCAUUUUUUAUAUAUAGUGCGUACGCAAAAUUCCAACGUAGUAGCAGCAUUCUAAUAUUAAAGGGUAAUUAUACGUUCCAUAGUAUUUUAAAACGCAUGUAAAUGUAAACAUUAAACGUUUAAUCUUUGGGGGACGUUGGUUUAUAUUUUUUGGCAAGUUUAAGAGAAAAGAAUCCAUUGAUAAAUGUCUGGAAAAACCACUUGAA